UGUGUGUGUAGAUAAACUGCAAGGACCUCAGCAGUACAAAGACCAGAUGUGAAAAAUUUCCCUGUUAUUUCAAUUGACCUAUUGAUAGUUGAUAGUUGUUAAAUUGGCCAUUUCUCUAAUUUAGAUCUCCGACCAUCCUCUGCUGAUCAAAUAUUGCUUGUUUUGAUAUAGUCAUGACGUUCUAUGAGCACCACCCAAUUAUAUCUGAUGUUAUAGUGAAUCAAUGCUUGAUCUAUUGAAGCAUUGCUCGUGGAUCAAUGGAAAACAUGCUUACCUUGUGACAUUUUAAACAAAUAGAUGUUGAUUUAAGGUACUCCCUUAUUGUGGCAGAGAUCAUGGAAAGAGUAAUUUUAAUAUUGACUAGAGGCUUUAUCAAUUUCAAAGUAGUUUCGGCAGUUUUGAAAGUAUGCUCUAGGUUCACGACUAUAGACAAAAAAGGCAACUAGGGACACAGUGGCAAGUAGUGAGGUUACAAAUAUUAAGUCUGGUAGUUGACUGAUGUGUGCCGGCAGCUAAUUAAGAAUUUAAGUAAUAGUCACAGUACAACACAGUAUGUUGCUCAUUGUUUUGUGAAAACUGCAAGAUUCAAAUACACCACUUGAUUUUUAAUUAUCAUUAUUUUCAAAUUUGACAAUUUCCAUGACCUUAAAUUGGGUUAUGUUAGGUUCCAAAGUUAAAAGCCAUCUGGCUGUGGUGUGCAGUAGGUUGUAAAUGUACUGAAGUUCACUUGUAGCAGAUAUAUUUAGACUUAUAAAGGAAGGAACCAAACUGCUGUAACCUCUUAGUAGGCUCAUUAUUUGCUUGAAAACUUCUCAGCUUCGUGACACACAGUGAAGUAGCAACCACACCAUUCAGGAAAGGACUAUGUCUUUGGCCAUAGUUUAAUGUAUUCAACUUUAGAAGUGAAAUUACGGUGGGCAGAAUGCCACUCAAAAAGGGCCUGCGACUCCAUGGCAGGGAAAUUCUGAACACUAUGGAGAAAUAUGAAAACCUUGGACUUGUUGGGGAGGGGAGCUAUGGAAUGGUGCUUAAAUGUAAACAUAAAGAGACUGGUCAAAUUGUGGCUAUUAAAAAGUUUUUGGAGAGUGAAGAUGACAAAAUGGUGAAAAAGAUUGCAAUGAGGGAGGUCAGAAUGCUGAAGCAACUACGACAUGAGAACCUAGUCAACUUAAUAGAAGUUUUCCGGAGAAAGAAAAGACUUUACCUAGUAUUUGAAUUUGUGGAUCACACAGUAUUAGAUGACUUAGAAAGAUGCCCAAAUGGACUAGAUGAACAUACAUGUAGGAAAAUUCUCUGGCAGGUGCUCAAAGGAAUAGAAUUUUGCCAUUUACACAAUAUAAUCCAUCGGGACAUCAAACCUGAAAACAUUUUAGUCAGCAAAUCAGGGAUUGUGAAACUCUGUGAUUUUGGCUUUGCCAGGACAUUAGCUCAGCCAGGGGAGACAUAUACGGAUUAUGUGGCCACAAGGUGGUACAGGGCCCCUGAGCUAUUAGUGGGAGACACAAAAUAUGGAAGGGCUGUAGAUAUAUGGGCAAUAGGAUGUCUAUUGGCAGAAAUGCUGACAGGAGAACCACUUUUUCCUGGAGACUCUGAUAUCGACCAGUUAUACCACAUAAUCAAUUGUUUUGGUAAUCUAAAUCAGAGACAGCGAGAAAUCUUCCAGAAAAAUCCUUUAUUUGCUGGGAUGAGAUUGCCAGAAGUGAAAGAAAUAGAGCCAUUGAAGAAAAAGUUUCCAAGACUGUCAGUUUUAGCAUUGGCAUUUUUAAAGCUAAGUUUACAGCUGGAAGCCGAUGACAGGCCGACUUGUUCACAGCUCCUGAAACAUGAAUUCUUCCAGAAAGAUGAAUUUUCUCAAAAAUUCCCAGGUGGCCUGAAAGCCAAAAUACAGAAAGAAUAUCAUGACAAUCCACUAUUAAAAAAUGAUAAAAAUGGAAAUAAUUCUGGGAGAGAUAGUUCGGAAGAAAAUAAAGGCAGUGGAGGAAAGAAAAAGAAGAAAGAGAAAAAGGUAGAAAAGCCUGAAUCAAAAGACAGUGGGAUUGAAGAUAAGCCAAGACGCAAACACUCAGAACCAGAAAAGGCAGCCACAAAGAAGUCUUCUCCCACAGAUCAAACGGGAGGCAAAGCCAGUGUGGCAGUCUCUCCUGCUGCUGCUGCUGCUGGUUCCCCUCACAAGCAGAAGGAUACAGGUGGGGGCUCAGUGGAACCACAUGCUUUAGACUCCUCCAUGUCCUCUUCUGUCCCUAUGCUAGGCCAGACCAGUAGUUCACAGUCACCGGCAAGUCAGCCAAGCUCAAGCAUAUCAAGUACGCAUACUACUUCGCCACCCAGCUAUCAUGCUCCUGUUACGAGUAUACAUUUUUCAAAUGCUUUUCCCCCUGGGGGUGGAGUUGUGAACUCAACUGGACCCCCUCCCUUAAGGGUAAGUGAGAAACACAAGCGCAGCCCGCCCUUGUACAGUCACCCAGCCCCAGGAGGGAAGAAAGCCCCCACCCCCAACCACCACAGUACCAGUCUGAGCCCACAGGUGUUACAGACAGAGAGGACAUCUCUGCAUGAGAAGGCAUUACAUUAUGAUAAAAUGGUCAGUAAAAAGAAAGGCCAUCAUGACAGCAAGAAGGAGAAAGAAAGCUUGUCUUUGCCAGAAGUCAAGGGUGCAGAAGGCAAUCCAAAAAACAAGGGCAAGAAACCCUACAUGGCGACAAUGCCAAGCAUAACAACAAUAGACCCUUUUAAUCUGAGUGGAGGAAGUGACAAAGAUCCCAACCUUCCCUCAGUAUGACGUCUUAGACAUCAGCAGCAGAUCAGCAGCACCAUGGACAUGUACAGGAAAUAGCGUUCUUUGUGGAGAAACCAGAACUUGUGGACUGUGAUGCACUUAUACAGCAAUCAAGUUUUUUUUCUGAAGAAUACCCAUGUCAUGCUCAAAAUUAUUUAUUGAGACAUCACUGUCAAAUAAAUCACUGCUCUUUAGAGAAAUGUUGCAUAAUCAGAAAGGAGCACAUAGAAACUGUGUCCUUCACACUUGCUCAAAGUAUACAAUAACAGAUCAUUUGCCAGGGUUCAGUGAACAGUAAAGUGAUAAAAUCCUGGCAAUGUUCACAAUAUUAUUAAAUGUUUGUGUCAAUUGUAGUUUUGAAAUCCCCUCCAGAUGCCAGAAGUAUUAGUUUGUGAAUGAGUCUUGUGAGUAGAAGGAAUGCAAUAUAUCAGCGAUGUAUUAAGGCAAACAGGGUUUGAAUUCAGACAGUGUGCCUGCGCAUAUAUUGUAGUAAUACUUGAUUGGGUGUCAACAAGAAUGUUGCCGACCUCGUUUUAACAGAGCCAUAAGUUUGUAUAUUGAUAGUUGUUAUCAUUCUUGAAGUGUUUUAUUUAUCACAUUGAAGCAUCUCUUAGGUGAUUUUAGGCACAUCUCACAAUUUGUGUUUUCACUUGCUCAAUUAGAAAACAAGACAGGCAGGAAAAAUCAGCAUAAUGUUAUUUGCAGUGCAUAAUAUAUUGUGUUAAAUUAGUUUUUUAACAAGCAUUUUUUCCAGUAUUUGUGAGAAUUGAAAAAAUUCAAAAUGACUAUACUCUUUUAGAGUUGACAGCAAUUAUCAGAAACCUAUUAGCUUCACUCAAUUUAGAUCACAUUUAGUUGACUUGAAUCUACAAAAUCAAAUUGUAGAGUUAAAGUGCAUUAGAGGUUUCUUUGAGAAAAUCUCCAUUUAUUUUAAAAAUACUGUUCAAAAUGGUUUCACUCAAUUUUUUUUUAGUUUUUCUGAUCAUAUAGAGUGGAGGGGAAAUUUGAAUUCCAUCAUCAGUUCAAGAGCCAUGAUUAUGAUGCACAUUCUGUAGUGUUAUGGUACAUCCUUAUAAAAUGAUGGCUUUUUAAAUGAUAUUCCAAGGGAAGUAGCCGUUUCAACGUGGGCAACUAAUUUUAAAGAGAUACUUUUCUUUAUUUACCACAUUUUCCAAUACGUUCAUUCUUUUCCAUCUCUGUACAGCUAAACAGAACCAAUUUAAGGUAAUAAAUUUUUUUUU